AACGCGACGUGGUCGCGAGACGGCAAUUUCACACCGACACUCGCGUGCACACGCUCGAAUGCGCUCGCGGAUUUCGAGCCGGAUCCACGUGGAUUCUCGACUGUCAGCCGCUGCAUUGCCAACACGUCGUAAUCUUGAAAAUACGAGAUGGAUCCCGAUUCUUUCAAGGAUUUCGCCAACGAAAUGGCGGAAUAUAUUACUAACUAUCUAGAGAAUAUCAGGGACAGGAGAGUACUACCAACGGUAGAACCAGGUUAUUUGAAACCCCUUUUGCCUUCAGAGGCUCCACAAACGCCAGAAAAUUGGAAAGACAUUAUGGCGGACAUAGAAAGAGUGAUAAUGCCAGGAAUCACUCACUGGCACAGCCCGAAAUUUCACGCAUAUUUUCCAACAGCCCAAUCGUAUCCAGCAAUCGUUGCUGACAUGCUCAGCGGUGCCAUUGCUUGCAUAGGAUUCUCUUGGUUGGCAAGUCCCGCCUGCACCGAAUUGGAAGUACUGAUGUUGGACUGGCUAGGAAAAAUGUUAGACUUGCCGAAAGAGUUUCUAGCUUGUGGCGGUGGAAAAGGAGGGGGUGUCAUUCAGGGAACUGCGAGCGAAGCCACUUUAGUCGCGCUUCUCGCUGCAAAGGUUAGAAAAAUAAGGCAGGUCAAGGAACAACAUCCUAACUGGACGGAUAACGAGAUCGUGGGAAAAUUAAUCGCUUACACAUCCUGUCAAGCUCAUAGUUCCGUGGAACGAGCCGGCCUCCUAGGAGGUGUAAAAUUCCGUCUGCUAGAGGUAGAUUCUAAAUAUAAACUUCGUGGCGAGUCGUUAGCGGAAGCCAUCCGCAAAGACAAGGAGCAAGGGUUUAUACCGUUCUACGUCGUGGCCACCCUGGGAACAACUUGCUCGUGCGCAUUCGAUCGCCUCGAUGAAAUAGGUGUCGUCGCGAAUCGCGAGAAUGUUUGGUUGCACGUUGAUGCAGCUUAUGCUGGCACCGCCUUCAUAUGCCCGGAAUUCCGAUAUCUAAUGAAGGGAAUCGAAUUGGCAGAUUCCUUCAAUUUUAACCCGCACAAGUGGAUGCUGGUGAAUUUCGAUUGCUCGGCCAUGUGGCUGAAAGAUCCGACUUAUAUAAUCAACGCCUUUAACAUGGAUCCCCUGUACCUAAGAUCCGAUAUACAAGGAUCUCUUCCUGAUUACAGGCAUUGGCAAAUCCCAUUGGGAAGAAGAUUCAGAGCAUUAAAGCUUUGGUUCGUCUUGAGGAUUUAUGGCGUGGAGAAUCUUCAACGAUACAUCAGAAACCACAUCAAUCAGGCUCAUGAAUUUGAAGCGUUCGUUCUAUCGGAUCCACGAUUUGAAAUCGUAGCGGAGGUCAUUUUAGGACUCGUCUGUUUCCGAUGAAAUUCGCAGGGAUCGAACGACAUAAACGAGACGUUAUUGAAGAAAAUCAACAACGCCGGAAAUAUUCAUUUGGUACCGUCCAAGAUAAACGAUAUGUACUUCCUACGGUUCGCAAUUUGUUCGCGGUACAGCGAAAGCAAAGACAUCCAGAACUCUUGGAAGGAGAUAAAGCUUAGAACGGACGAGGUCUUCGAAGAGCAAUCCGUCUCUAAGUGAUGGCGGGCUCAGAUAGCUCGUGGUUGCCGUUCCUUGGCGCCUGCAACUUGCAAUCAAUCUUAGCUUAGAAUAUUUUAUCGAUUUUGAUUGACCUGAAGAACGUGAACGGAUGAUCGAGACAA